GCCUUCCACCAUAAAACUUCUGGCCGAUCACGGCUUCCUCUUCUUCCUCCCAAUACAUCCACCCUCCCGACGCUGAUGCUUCUCGUCACUCUUUAAUCAAUUCUAAUGUUUGCGCCAGCUCGUCGUCUUUGAGCGCGAUCGUUCUCCUUUUCUGUACCGCGUUCCGCGUAGUCUUUCAACCUUUCACAUCGACCUCUCGCAAUCUGCGAUCCUAGCAGUGAUCCAAGACUGCAUCCUCUCUCAUCUGCGCCAUCUUCGCCAUGUCGUUUGGCGGUGGAUUCGGCGGCUUCGGCCAGAGCAAUAAUCAGCAACAGAACCCAGGCUUUGGUGGGUUUGGAGCGAGCAACAGUACGAACACAGGGACAGGCUUUGGUUCUACAGCAAAUACCGGCGGCUUUGGCAGCACAAAUACAACCGGUGGUGGACUCUUCGGCAGUGGCUCUACUAGUUUUGGAAGCACUGGAGGUGCCUUUGGCAGCAACACAACAAACAAUGCUUUCGGGGCUGCUAAGCCAGCAUUCGGUGCUGCUACUACAACAACUGGUAGUAGUCUAUUUGGAGGAGGAACGGCCACGGCAGGUACAUCGACCUUUGGGGGUGGUGGAUUCGGGUCAUCGACAGGAACUACAUCAUCUCCUUUUGGCGGCGGCACGAAUACCGGAGGUGGGCUGUUCGGCUCGGCACCCAAGCCUGCUUUCGGAGGAUCAACUACUUCGAAUCCGUUCGGUGGUGGAUCUACAAGCUCUCCAUUCGGGGGCACGAGCACAACAGCAUUUGGCUCACCAGCUUCUACCGCUCUGAGCACAGGUGUAGGCGAGUCUCCAGGCACUGGCAAUGUUCCAUUUCAAGCUUUCGUAGAAAAGGAGCCGAAUAGCAGCACAAAUCAGCAAAAUGCUUUCCAAAGCAUCUGCUUCCAGCAACCUUAUCAGAAGUUCUCUCCUGAAGAGCUAAGAUUAACGGACUACAACCAAGGUCGAAGAUAUGGUAAUGCCAGCAAUCAACCUGGAGCUUUCGGCACAAGCAAUUUUGGGGGAGGAUUUGGUACCACGACUGCAGGUACAACUGGAGGAUUUGGAGCUGGUAGUACUGGUACAGGUUCGAGUUUAUUUGGUGGAGGAGCAACAAGCUCACCGUUCGGUGGAUCCCAGCCAGCCUCUACUGGCUUUGGUGGCGCUACGACAUCAACCGGAGGUGGUCUAUUCGGCGCAAAGCCAGUUACUGGUGGUCUAUUUGGAGCACAGCCUUCAACACAACCAUCCGGUGGUCUGUUUGGAAAUACGGGAACCACAGCAUUUGGCGGUACCGGGCCAACGAGCGGCUUCGGGACAAGCACAACCACCCCUGGAUCGUCGCUCUUUGGAAACAACAAUACGGCUAACAAGCCUGCCUUCAGCUUUGGAACCACGCAGCCAGCAGCUUCUAGCAGCACAGCAUUUGGCGCUUCUACUACGACCGGUGGCUUUGGAGGUGGGGGUCUAUUCGGCAGCAACGCCACCAACCAGCCCGCCAGUGGAUUUGGAGCACAACCAGCUGCGAGCAAUCCUUUCGGAGGUUUCGGCUCGAACACACAACAACAGACCGGGACAUCUGGAGGACUCUUUGGCAAUACUCAACAGAAGCCAGCGGGUGGACUCUUCGGCGCCGCUCCUGCAGCAACUGGCACCGGUGGUCUGUUUGGCAGUACGUCCACAACCAAUACCAAUCCCUUUAGUGGUUCCACCAAUACUCAAAAUACCGGAGGUCUGUUCGGCAACAAGCCAGCUACUACUGGUACGAGUCUGUUUGGUUCUACGAAUCCCCAGAACAAUACUGGUGGCGGUGGUCUCUUUUCUGGGUUUGGAAACCAGAACCAAAAUCAACAGCAACAAAAUACUGGCGGUCUCUUCGGUAGUCUAAACACUAAUGCACAACAAAAGCCCUCUUUGUUUGGCUCUCAGCCACAACAGCAGACUGGCGGAGGUCUCUUUGGAAGUUCAGGAACUCAACAGCAACAGGGAGGUAUGUUUGGCGGUCUCAACAACAACAAUAAUCAGCAACAACAGCAGCAGCAGCCCCAGAACUCGAUGUUUGGCGGUAGUUCGAUCUUCGGAGGCUCGCAACAAGGCCAGCAGAAUACCCAGUCUCUCACGGCAUCCAUUGCCGAUAACAACGCCUUUGGCUCGGCGUCCCUGUUUGCAGACUUGUCAUCAGCUCAACUCAACAACCCAGGUCCCAUUGCUACGCCACUCUCCAACAGCGUCAAGGCCAAGAAGGCUGCUGCCCUUCCGUUAUACAAAUUGAGCUCAGCGUCAGCCUCACGUUUUACUACUCCACAGAAGCGAGGUUUCGGCUUUUCCUACAGCAAUUAUGGAACUCCAGGCAGUGUUUCGAGCACAUCCAGUACUCCUGGAGCUUUUAGUGGCAGUCUGUUGAGUGGCAGCAACUUCGGACGGACUCUCAACAAGAGCAUGUCGACGAGCAGUCUCCGCCGAAGCUUCAGUACAGAAGACAGUAUUCUUGCGCCAGGAGCCUUCUCGGCGAGCCCCAGUGCACGGCAAUUCGGAAGCACUGGCAGCGUGAAGAAAUUGACCAUCAACAGAAGCAUUCGCCAGGAUCUCUUCACACCACCCAAUGGUGCCCCAGCUCUACCGCCUGCAUCUACUCCUGCCGGUGGCAUUCUGAAGAAGCGCGUUUCAUUUGAUUCGAACACAAAUGGCAAUGGCCCCGCUAGUCCGCUUAAGCAGGUCAACAGUGCUACCCCGAAUGCAGAAGACCUGGGCUACAUCCGACCACGAAAUGGUGUCAAUGGUGCGAAGCCAAACGGUACCUCGACACCACCUGAGAUGGAACAAGUGAACAAUAACCAGCAGCUUGCCAUUGUCAACGAGGAGGAGCCAGCCGCCCCUGUAGCCCCCAAGCCGCCAUCUCAACCUGUCAGCCAGGAGGAUCAACCGGCAGGAGAGUAUUAUAUGAGACCUUCGAAAGAGGAAAUCGAGAACAUGAACCGCCAACAACGCUCGAAGGUCAGUAACUUCACCGUUGGCCGAGAGGGCAUUGGCGAAAUUCGCUUUGAAGUCCCUGUGGACCUCACAAACAUCCCCUUGGAUGACAUUAUCGACAACAUCGUGCAACUUUCUACACGGUCAGCCACGGUGUAUGCGAUCUCUUCGAAGAAGCCUCCAAUGGGCAAGGGGCUGAACGUACCAUCAACCAUCUCUCUGGCAAAUUCCUGGCCACGCAAGAGCGACCGCAAGACUCCAUCCGGCGAGAAAUCUGGUGUUAGAUUCAAGAAGCAUAUUGAACGCCUCAAGAGAGUUCCGGACACCAUCUUCGUCAGCUACGCCAAGGAUACCGGAAUCUGGACGUUCAAAGUUGAGCAUUUCACUACAUACGGCUUCCCCGAAGAUGAUGAUGAGACCGAUGGGGAGGGUGUCAGUGAAUUUGGGCAAAGUACUUUGAGCGCUCCUCCCGACACUCCUACCCCUAAGACUCGCACUCCCAAGUCAAACCAUAUGGAUCAGUCCUUCACAUCAACCUCGCAAGUAACUCAGACUGAGUCCGAUCCAGAUGACACAUUCGAAUUCAGAAAGAAGAAGCUUCUCCCAGGUGCAUUCGAUGAUCAAGAGAUGUAUGUGGAUGAGGAUAUGGAGCAGGAGCAGAUGGAACAGGAGCAGGAGUCUUUUUUAGAUGAGCGCUCCGUGGGUUCGCAGUCUGAAGACGGCGUCGAAGAGCCAAUGGACCAAGACGACGUCUUCCACGACGACGAAUCUGUCAGCAUCGUGGAUCAAGAGAUGGCGGGCUCUUAUCCAGAGGCUGGCAAUACCGCGGAGCUCGGUGGAGACUCGCAAGAUGACGAUGAGGAUAUGGAUGCGAUUGCCGAAACACCAGGUGCGAUUAUUAGGGCAAGAAUGAGAGCAAAGAACGCAGGAACUCCGGCAAAGCAACCAUUUGCGGCAAGUAACGACUGGGCAAACACAUUGAAGACUACGAUCAGCCCACAAAAACAAGAUCGUGCAUAUCUCAAGAGUUUGGCUGAGGAGAGUGCCGAUGAUUUGCCACUUGAUGGAGAGCCUACUCCUAUGCCCAGAAGAGUGGUGUCAGAUGGGCGUGGUUUUGCAAACAGCAUUGAUUUGAUGCAUUCUCUUUUCCCAGAUACCAAGAGUCCGGUAAAGACAGCAAUGGCUACGGCAACGUCCAAGGGGUUUCAGUUCCCAUAUGCAAAGAGAGCAAAGACUGGCGACUAUGACACCUCCAAUAUGACCGACAAAGAGCGCGCUUUCCAUGAGUCUAUGAAGUCUAGCUGGGGCCCUGAUGGUACCUUGGUCUACGCCGCACCACCAAAUGCCAAGCCCUUCGGCAGAUCUUCUCGGCGUGCUCGGGAAAGAGACGGUAUACUUACUAUUCAGAAACAAGCCAUUGUGUCUGAAAACAGAGACAUCCACUUUGCUAAAUUCUCCAACGAGGCUUCUGCAGAACUUCUCCAGAAACAAAAGGAUAUGACUAUCAUCGACGGCUCUGGCGAUGUUCCUUUCGCCACUCUUCCUCAGCACUUUUCCUUCGCUGACUUCUUCGAUGAUGCGAAUCCUCGAGACCCUGCUGCUGCUCACGAGAAACUUGUUUGGCAGCUUGCCAGUGUUCUGUUCGACCAGAUGACCGUCCCAGAAGAGCUACAGCAAGUACCAGGAGUAUCUGAGCGCCUGCGAAAGGACAAUUUAUCAGCUUUCUGGCAGAAAUUGGUUGAUGAUGCUUGCUCCAAGCAAAUUGCAAUGGGUAGAACCAGCGAGGAGAAGGCUAUUGCAGCUCUGUCAGGCCAUAGGAUCCCUGACGCCUGCGCACAUCUCCUUGACAGCAGAGACUUUCACCUGGCCACCCUCGUUGCGCUCAUUGGUACAAAAGACAGCAUGAAAAAGGACAUGCGGGAACAACUCAACGAGUGGCAGAACUCCCAGAUGCUUUCUGAGUUCAGUCAACCAAUCCGAACAAUUUACGAGCUCCUUGCUGGCAAUGUCUGCGUCUGCGAUGGUUCAAAAGGACAACCCGAGGAUCGCAUCGAGUCGUUCAUCAUUUCAAAGCGCUUCGGCCUCGACUGGCGUCAGGCGUUUGGACUCCGACUCUGGUAUGGCAUCAUGUCCAACGAUCCAAUCGAGUCUGCCACCGAGAAUUUCGCUGAAGAUCUUGUACAAGAUAAAGAAACGUCAAGACCUCUGGCCUGGUACGUUGAGCAGAAAGUGCCCACCUUGUGGAAUGAUAAAGCGAUUGGAGAACGGGAAGAUCUGCUUUGGGGUCUCUUGAGGCUUUAUACUUUCACAGAUUUGGAUAUCGAGGAUGUUCUGCGUCCGGAAAAUUCUCAGUUAUCGCCCCUCGACAUCCGUCUUUCCUGGCAACUUAGCCAAGCCCUGACAGCGAGAGGUGCUGCUCGUUACACGGAGGAUGACGAAGACAAGGCCGAUCGACCAACCUUGGCUUUUGCUGCUCAGCUCACAAACGAGGGUAGUUGGCUCGAUGCAGUUUUUGUCCUGCUCCAUCUUUCUUCGGAUGAAGUUAGAGCAAAGUCCAUCCAGAACCAUCUUGCACACCACGCCGGCAAAAUCGGAUCGGAGGACAGCCAGAGCUUCAACACCUUGACACAAAAUUUCAAAAUCCCAGCUUCCUGGAUUUGGGAGGCAAAGGCAUUAUACAUGCGAAGUGUUGAGAAGAAUCCGCGAGGAGAGGUUGAGUGCUUAAUCAGAGCUGGAUCAUUUAACGAAGCCCAUCUCACAUUUUCUAAGGAGGUAGCACCGAACACUGUCGUUGAGCUUGAUUAUGAUACUCUUCGGACUUUGCUUGGAGGUUUUCAUGGCAAGGAGAAUACCAUAUCUGAGUGGCAUCUCGGAGGAGAAAUCUACCAGGACUUUCUGGAAUUGCUCGACUCAGAGAAGAGAGGAUGGCCUGUAAAUCAUGCUCUUCUGGCGAGAUUGUUGGCAGGUCUUCCAGCUGUGGUUGAGGAGUCUCGUCAUCCAGUAUUUAUGGAGCGGGUGGCUAUUGAGACGAUUAGCGGGAUUGUGGCCAAGACGGUGAUCGCUCUGGGAAAGAAGGGAGAGAAGUCCGACUUGCACAAAAUUCUUCGUCUUCCACUCACAGAAGACAAGUAUCUGAAGCACACCGUCGAAUUAAGCUUGGAGUAUUAUCGUGGUGUGAUGGCCAACUCUCGUUAGAUCGAUCAAGGGGACAAGAAGGCUGGUUUGAGGGGAAGAUUUUCCCGAAAAGUUUGCAAUUUCACCCGGCAUUUUGAGGAUGAACAUGAUGCCAUGGAAAGAAAGGAAGGAAUGUGAAUGGAUGGCGAGCAAGGAAUUAUGCCUUGAUGAAUUGAAGUGAUGGAUACCUUGAAAUACCUGUAGAUAGAUAGAUAUUCUGACGGAUGGAAGAUGGGUUCUGCAUAGCGGAGUGGUCAUAGCGAGCAUCAGAUCAGAUAGGUAGUUAGCAUCGAGCCAUGAAAUGGUAUCCGAUGAUCCUUUACUUUCUUUCCUCUCGUCCUCUCGGUUUCCGGAUACACGCGGUGUGGUCCUUAGGAAGCUGUUUGCUCUACCUUUAUUCGUUUUUAUAGUUCGAACUGGGGCUGUUACAUUGUGAAUAUUUUUCAACACUUAUUCUUCCAAGUGGAGCUUGUACAUUG